UGAUUAGAUCGCUCGUGUAAGUUAUGAUACUUCACAAACUAUAUUCUAGUUUCAUAAUUUUAGGUUUCACAACUCAAGUUUGGUCACACGUUGAAAUAGAAGCUGAAGAUUAUUUCUUUCCCUUAGAGCCGGUUAUCAACUUCUGCAAAAUGGCUGACCAGUGCCAGCAUGAUUUCGUGCCAAUUUGUGGGCAAGACUCUUUGGGUAUCUCUAGAAUGUUUAAUGACAAUUGUGAUUUGUAUGAAUACAACUGUGAUGAGAAAAAACAAUACCGUCACGUUAGAGUUGAUGUAUGUAAAUAUGAAGCAGCUGCCGUCGAGCGGAUGGAAAACUAAAAUAAAAUAUAUGGUUCCGUGUUUCUAAAAGAUUCUUGAACACGAUCGUUUGAGCUUUAAAUGUUGGGCAGACUUUGUACGGUUUUCUACGAUAUUGUAAUAGUUUCCUUGACAGACUACGGCCACUGUGGUCAAUCACUCAAGAUUUUAUAACUACGCGGGAUAUUAUUAGCAGGAUUAAAAUUUUAAUCAGUCAUCUUAGUAACACAAGCUGUGUGUAUUGUCGUAAUAUAUUUAUUUAUUAUAAUAUAUAAUACUACAGUUAUACACAUUUAUUUUGCCAGAUACCGGUAUGGCUAAAGAAAAAUAACGAUUUGAUUGACGCAACACGCGUGGCGUGUUAUUCCAACUUUGUACUAAGGGCCUUAUUAAUAAACGUUACAUGACAUCGGAAUAGUUUUGCAGUGUUUUGUCACACUUCAACUGACAGCAACUCUCAAAUGUAAGAGCCUAUUAACAUAUUGAAUACCCUUUCCGACGUUACGCCACGUUUAUUUUAAAGGCGUUAAAACUCUAUUAGAACUUUUGGGAGAUUUCAACAUUCAUAUUUUGUGUACGAUCGUAAGGAUUUAGAAUUUGACAACCCUAUUAAAUGUGUCAAUGCAUCAUUCACAAAGUACAGUCUUUUUAAAAUGUAACCUUGAU